UUUCGUCAGCCCCCAUGCAGGUGCCCUGGACCACACGUCGCUGGCUUGUUCCAACAACCUCGCCUCGCCAUCCCAGGGCACCUCGGUCUGGCGCAACGCAACCCCCUGCUCCUCGUGCAUCUGAUUGGCGCAUUCCAUAAUGCGACAGUUCUGCGUCAACUAGUGCAACGAGAAAUGCGACGUGCCAUUUGUGGCGCACUUCGGCGGUUGCGCAGUGUUCAGUGCACCCACGGAUGAACGAAGGGCUGGAGGCUCGCCUCACUGACGCCUCUUUCGCGAAAGUCGUUGCUGAUUUCGCCGCCAUCAAUCUUGUGGCAGGCAACUCCAACAUGUACCUCAUCCACGGGCUUUGCGACAUCGCGAAACUUUGGCCGAUGGAAGCGGACGCGCCUGGGUUUGUAACGUUGUACCCCUUAGCUCGGACAUCUCUAGGGUUGAGAACUUAAGACAGUGGGAUGGGAAGGGGAGAGAUUAUUAGUGGCCUACCCUUGGACUUACCUGCAGUCCAAGGCCAGAGGACAGUAUGACGGAGCGGAGACCACAGAAGAUAGGUAUGGCGUCAAGCGAGGGGAUUACGGUAGCUGUCGCUCAUUGGAGCUAGUAAUGUGUUGUUAGUUAGCGAUGUUGCGAGUAGUGGAAGACGAGUAAGUCCGGUACGACUUUUCGGUUACAGUAGUCGGAGAUCUUAGUCGGAAAGGAUACAGCAGUUACGGACAGCGACUACAUACAGCGAUUACUUGGAAUAAACAUAGCCCUUUCUAUCUUCGCCAGAUUCUGAGCAGACAGGGAUUUUACAUGGUUUUUUUCCUUCCAUUUUUUUUUUUUAACGUCUAUCAUCGUCUAGGCAUACGUAAUCACUAGAAAGAGAAUCACUGCAGCCUCUCACCACUGAUAGUAUCGGCAAGCAGUCAGCCUCAGGAGAGGAGCAAGCAAGAAUAGGAACGAGCAGGAACGAGCAGGAAGCGAAACAGUCGAGCUCGCCCUCAUGGAUUCCCCGCCAUCGCCAUCCGACACCCUUCUCCUUCGACACGGCAAGCCGCUUCCGCCCGCCUCCCAGUGCUUCCCCUGGCGCCCCGCCCACUUCUCCGCGCGCCUCACUCCGCACGGCGCCACCUCGCCUGGCGGGAGUUCCGCCGUCCCCCCAGCGCGCGGCGGCACGCCCACGUGCUACGGCACGGCGGGAAGCCCCCUUCCCUUCGCGCGGGUUCUCGAACUCAUGGCGAGGCGCCGACGCGCUCGCAGCGGCAGCGUCGGCGGCGGAGGAGUGGGCGGAGUGGGAGGACUAGGGGGCGGCGGCCGGCACGGCGGCCGGCAAGGCGGUGGGAGGACGCCGGUCAACAGCCAGCGGCGGCACGUGGCCAGCACGAGCUGGAGACAGCAUUCGCUCGACAGGGAGCAACCUGGCGAAGGGAGAAACGGCAAAGACGGCAGCAUGAGAGAAAAGAACCGCCGAGGUAGCAGCAGGAGCAGCGGCAGGGAUAGCGGCAGCAGUAGUAGCAGCAGGAGCGUAUCGCCGCGCCACAACCCGUCGGGCAUUACGAAAGACCAGGCGGAGAUCGUUGGAGCGGAGAGCGCCAGAGCGAACUUAGGGAGAAGAUUGGAAGAAUGCAGGGCGCAGGAAGCGAGUCAGGGAUGCACCGACAGGGGGACUUUAGAUAGUGGCGCUGGGGAAGGGCGCGGACAGGAAGGGGGCGCUGACAAGGCAGAGGCGCAAGCCCGCGCGGUAAGGGCGGAGGAGAUGGGCGGAAGAGCGGAGGAGGUGAUGCAGCGUGCGCGGUUGGCGGAGGCGCAGGUAGACAUGGCGGAGCUACAGGCGCAGGUGGUUUCCGCGGAGCUACAGUGGAUCCGCAGCGCCGUGGAGAAGCAGGAGGCGGGCGUAGCCGUCGUGCUGGCGGAACUGGCGGGGCUGCGCCAGCGCGUGCACCGUGCGCGCAAGUGCGCGGAUGGGGGAAAAGGGGGCGGCGGCUCCGGGGAAGGGGGGCUGCGCGAGGUACAGCAGGUGGAAGCGGCUGUUGCAGCGGCGGAGGCGCGGCUGUGGCGGGUGGAGGCAGCCGCGGCUGAUGCACGCGCCUCACUCAUUACCCUCGGGGGGGGAACGGGGGAGCUAGGGCUAGCGGCGGCGGGAAUGGGGGCGGGGGAAGCGGGUAAUGUGGGGGAUUUCUUUGGUGAGUGCUGGUGCGAGACGAGGGUAGAACUGGGGAAAGGGGGAGGCGUCACGGGGAUGGGGUGCGGGGGGGAGGUGUGUGGGGGUGUGGGGGGUUGUGUGGGGGGACUGGAGGGGUACGGCGUAGGAGAGGUGGGGUUGAAUGCGGCAGAGUUCGCUCUGGAGCUGAAGAGGAGGUUAGAGGAGCUUCAGAAAGAGCUGGUUGGUAAGGGGCAGGCGCACAGAGUAGUGGAGGAGAAGGAGGUGCGUGAGGGGCGUGGAGGAAUAGAGGGGAAAGCUGGGAGGGAUUUGCAGUCGAGGGAAGAAGAGGGGGAGCAGCGAAGGGUGGAGGGGUCAGAGCGGCUGAGAGGGGUGGGGCAGCCGACUGAUUGUGGGGCUGUAACAGAUGGACGUACCUGUAGUGAGGAAGCUCAUGAGCAAGCGAUGGAAGAGCGUGGCCGUAGCACGGACCGUGCAUUGCUACUUGGAGAGCAGUCGGGAUCAAAAGGCGUUAGAAGGGAGGGAGAGAUGGUGAGGCAAGAAGGCGAGGCAACCUCUGGUGCGGGCGAUUUGAGGUUUUGGGACAGAAUUAGUGGAGGGAAUCAGCUGCUGACGUGUGGGAGUGAGAAAAGACUUUCUGUAGGAGACUCUGGCACUGCAGAUUGCGUUAACGUGAAAGAACCAGCCCAGGUGACAACAUUGGCAACAGGACAAGCCAAUUCAGCAACGCAAUUUCAGCAGAUACCGUUGCUUGGGGACAAAGCACGCAAGUGGCAGUCUGUGUCGAGGACGGAGGACCAAGAAGAGGCAAAGAUUCUUCGGGAUGCCAUGGAAUACCUUAAAAAGGAAGUUGAACGAGCACAGAAGGCAGCACCACCAUUGGGUGCAGUAUGAGUUGAUGCGAAUUAGGGGAGAGCAAUUUGGGUAUUCUAGUUAUGACUAUUGUACAUAUAAUUUGGUAAGCUC